UCGCAGAGAUGGUCGCGAGUGAGACUAGAAAGUUUGGUAAUGGGUGUGGGGGCUACCAAUUUCUAUUCGUGAAGUUUGUAGGUUCCAUUUGGUGCGUGGACUCAAUGCAGGAUUAGUCAUUGACCACUUUCUUUCUGUGUUAGUGAUGGCUGCAACGUUUUGUCCUUUUCUUCACUCCGGGUGCAUUUUGUGGACUUUUGGGGUUGAAGACUUUGACUUGGGAAUUUUAAAGAUGGGCCCGCUUAGGUUGGCAGGUGUACGUGGUGUGAUGUUUCCUUGGGUCGCCACUCUGAAACUGAGACGAGCGAACCGUCUUGAGACUCUCUGUGUUUCUGUUGCUAUACAUGUUUAGGAGGCUUCGGCUUAUGUGUGUCUGCUCUGCUUGGUUUUGGCGUAGCGAGUGCUUCAUUUAACUGUUGUUGAUCUGCCUCCGCAGUAGAAGGUGAUUCAAGGGCGGUGGACGUGUAGAUGUUGCUCGAAUUGGGUAUUUGUUGGGGAGCUUAAUCAAUCAUGGCGUGUGCUCUAACUGCCUCGUGGGUUUGGUCUGCUUCUCAGACUGCUACACCGAUGUCAACUGCGAGUCAGAUGAACUCCCGACCUCGUCCCGUUCUGCUCAAGGCUUUUGCCCCUAUCUAUCAACCCAGUUCCCUCAAAUCUGGCGGUCUUGUCAUUUCUCCUCCCCUCACUAGCAAUGGAGAUGUUGAAGCGGAAAUCGAGCCCCUUACUCUAGCCAACAUCCGCGAGUCAUUGAUACGCCAGGAGGAUACCAUUAUUUACGCACUGCUUCAAAGAGCACAAUUUAGCUUCAAUGCCCCUACCUAUGAUGUCAAUUCCUUCUCCAUUCCAGGAUUUCAAGGUUCCCUAGUUGAGUUUAUGCUCAAAGAGACAGAGACCCUGCAUGCCAAAGUGCGGAGAUAUCAAGCACCUGAUGAACAUCCUUUCUUCCCCGAGGACUUGCCUGAGCCUAUUUUACCCAGCCUCCCCAAGUCCAAAGUGCUGCAUCCAGUGGCGGAGAACAUUAACAUCAACAAAGCUAUCUGGAAUAUGUACCUCGAGGAUCUCCUACCAAAGCUCACCGCACCUGAGGAUGAUGGCAAUUAUGGUUCCGCUUCUAUGUGCGAUGUACUCUGCCUCCAGGCACUGUCUAAGCGGAUACAUUACGGCAAGUUCGUGGCAGAAGCGAAAUUCACUGAGAAUCCUGCGAAAUUCGAGUGCCACAUUAGGGCGCAGGAUGGAGAUGCAAUAAUGAGAGAAUUAACCUUCAAAAACGUUGAAGACAAUGUGAAGAGGCGAGUUGCAAACAAAGCCAGGGCUUAUGGUCAGGAAGUGAAUGAGCAUGGGAAGGUUGACAAUGCAAGGUACAAGAUCGAUCCUGACCUUGCGGGCGCUCUUUACGAGGACUGGGUUAUGCCUUUGACCAAGCAGGUCCAGGUGGCCUAUCUUCUCCGACGUCUGGACUGACGUCAUUUAACUCGUGGCAGAUAGUCAAGUUGAAGAGGAUCAUCACUGACAUAGCCCAUUGUGGCCUCUUCACUCGUGAGUUAGCCUGUGUACAGAAAACAUUUUAGUCUCAUUUUUUUGCAUAGAAGCACCAUCGAUUGCUUCUUGCUUCCAAGUCCAGUUUUAGCGCAUUCAUUUCCCUGGUGAGCAUACUUUCAACAUAAAGAUCUCCACCUCCGAGGUUGAGCCAGUACGCCUAGAUUCUGUGAAUCAGCAACGGCCAAAGCUUUUCUUCUCUGGAUAGGUCAGUCAAUGCAUACACUUGGCAUACAUACACCAUGCGGUGUUAGUGCUUUUUUUUCGCUAUCAACCGAGGUUUUACUGCUUAUGUGCAAUAAGAGCAGCCAAUACCUGCAAGUUUUUUCUCCUGACUUGUUCGAUAGACGCUUAUUUGAACAGCUAUUAAUGAAACAGUGGCAAUAUGAGACCGAAACUCAGUGUCAUUAAUGGCGUUGACACUUGCGUAAUACGAUUUCUGUAGGUACCCACUUCGAUUUCUAAAACCUAGAUAUCACUAAAUAUUUAACUUUGUCUUGUGAGGGCUACUUCACACAGCAUUUUGAGGUAACGAUGAUGCAUACUUUAA